AUGCAGACGUUGCUCUGCACUGGAGGUCGCCCUAGCAUGGUGGAGGAGUUGGAGAAGGAGAAAAAACGGAAAGGGCUCAGAUUAGUUUCUCGAAAGUCUACGAAGAAAAUUAUCGGAAAAUGGAGGAAGCUGGAUGAAACCACCGAAAAAAUAGACAAAGAUUUUGCAGCCAAAGAGCUCGAGCCAUUACGACAAGUGCUUGGUGUUCCCCUUGAAACCGCAGUAGAGGUAGAUCCUAGUCUAGAUGGAGUACCAUUGCCAGCCUUCUUUCGCAAUGCUAUCGACUAUGUUGAGACGCAUGGGUUGAACCUUGAGGGAAUCUAUAGAGUGUCAAGUCCGAAAUCACGUUUGGAUGAGCUAGAGAAAAAGGCGAAUGAAGGCGCACCCCUCAACUUCGUUGAAGGUCACGAAGCUGCAGGAUUGAUCAAAAGGUUUCUGAGACAACUUCCCGAACCUCUUCUAACAGCUGACAUUGAAAUGCUUGUGAAAGAGUGUGCUUGUAAUUGGAAAAGUAUAUGUCGGUGUGCUGUACGUGACAAGAUGAGAGAGCGGCUGCGUCGCAUUGGGAAAGCACAGUUUCAUCUUCUCGCUUAUAUGUUUUUGCAUGUGCAAAAUGUAAUUAGAAUGGAAUCAGAAAACAAGAUGGGUAUCCAUGCAUUGGGAUUGCUGUUCCAGACUGUUCUAGAUAUUAGUAGGCAGCUAGUAUGUUACUUGAUAGUGAAUGCAAGUGGACGACUAUACCAAGAUGCACCGAAGAAUGGCUACUUAUUCGACGAGGUGACCAUAGUCCCGUAUGUGCCACCAAAAGCUGCUGCAGACAUAGAAGGAUGGUUGUGUGAAGAUAAACCAAUGAUUGAAGAAGAACUUAAUAAACAAAAUAAUCUCUUAGCCUAUCUUCAUCGACAGACCACUGCUAUUACGGACGCUGGCGGUGAUGCAUCUUCUCUAGAAUCUCAACUAUGGGGUGUACAGACCGCAAUUACAGCAUUGAAAAGAAGACUGAAGGCGGUGGCUGAGCCCACUCCAUCCACGAUAAGUCCGUCAUCCAAUGACAAACCUUGCAUUGAAAUGUUCGAAGAAAAACAGCUGAUGGCUGUGCAGAGCAUGUUACGGCAGGACAUUCUGGAGGAAAAGCGACGCAUAGCUCGUUUAUGCUGGAAACUUCGACAAAGCAAAGCAGCCAACAGUGAACCUGCAGAAGAUCCGCAAGAACAUCCUAGUAGCGAUGCUCACAAAGCGCUGGAUGAAGAGUCCGAGGAGGUUUGGCGUGAACGUUGCGUAUUAGAAGAAGCGGCAAGAGCUGCACUAAUAGCAGAAAUUGUCCGCCUACGAAAUGACUGUGCCCUUCUCCGAGCGAAAAUCGAACAAGCUGGACAAACUCAACUCUUUGCCAGUACAAGAUUCUAGUGAACAGUGAUGUUAUUGUUGUGACGUCAUCAAAAUUAUCAGUAUUUUUAGUCCCCUGUGAUAUGUGGUGAUAUAUUUUGUGUAUGUGCCUUAACAAAAAAAAUAUCAUAAUUUUCUCUCUCAAAAUGCGCGGAUGAUUUCCAAAAACUGAUUCUUGUUAAAUUUAUUAUAUGCGAAAUUGUUGAUUGCAUUAACAUGUAUAGGAUUCCGGUUAGGUGAU